AUGAACUCUGAUUCAAAUUCUUCUAGUUCAUCUAGUUCUGGGUUAUUUGAUUACAUGGUGAACGACUAUGUAGAGUGGCAUGAAUCAAUUACCCAAAGGCGAAAAGAAGAUGAAUUGAUCGAGGAAGCGAUCAAUACAACUGUUGUUCCCUUUGUAACAUCAACUUAUCAGACCCCUUUCACUCUUGAACCUACGUACCAAAGGUGUCCCCAACCAUUGUACCCUGCUAAUAUGUUUCGUCGACGGUUUCGCAUGCGUAAGAAUGUGUUCACACGCAUUGUUAAUCAACUAAGCGAAAGUGAUGUUUACUUUCAACAAAGGCCGGAUGCCACCGGAAGACUAGGUGCAUCCCCCCUCCAAAAAUGCACUGCAGCAAUUCGAAUGUUAGCAUACGGUACAUCUGCCGAUGCAGUUGACGAGUAUCUUAAAAUCGCGUCAAGUACUGCAAGAGAAGGUUUGGCUCACUUUGUUGAAGGGGUCGUAGCUCAAUUUGGACCAGAGUACUUGAGGAGGGCAAAUACUAUGGAUACUGAACGGCUCCUCCGUGAAAGUUAUGCUCGUGGAUUUCCUGGUAUGAUGGGCAGCAUUGAUUGCAUGCAUUGGGAGUGGAAAAACUGUCCGCGUGCAUGGAAAGGAAUGUAUCAAGGUAGAAGUAAAACAACAACGGUGAUCUUGGAGGCUGUUGCUUCGCAAGACUUGUGGAUAUGGCACGCUUUUUUGGAACCUCGGGUUCUUGUAAUGAUAUAA